UUUAAGUCUAUCACACCAGAGUUUCAUCGGGCAGAAAAGCCUGUGCAAUUCAAUGGGAUAUUCAGUAGAAACCCAGUUUCAUGGCAACAACGACCAUUCAGAGCAAGAUGAAGAAAGUUUUUCAUGUGCCAUGCAACUUGUCAAUUCCACUGCGUUGCCAAUGUCUUUACAUGCGGCAAUUCAGCUGGAAAUCUUUGAGAUCAUAGCGAAAGCUGGUCCAGAUGCCAAGCUAUCCCCGCAAGAGAUAGGAGCUCACUUACCAACCCAGAACCCAGAUGCGCCCAUGAUGCUGGACAGCAUACUUAGACUUCUAGCCAGCCACAGCGUUCUUGCCUGCUCUCUGGCUGUUGUUGAACAGGGUGAUUCCCCGCAGAGGCUCUAUAGUUUGACGCCUGUGACCAAAUUCUUCAUUAGAAAUGAAGACGGUGUUUCAUUGGCUCCUUUGGUGUCCUUGGUUCAGGACAAGAUCUUUCUUGAUAGCUGGUGCCAACUGAAGGAUGCAAUUCUUGAAGGAGGAAUUCCAUUUAACAGGGUCCAUGGAACGCACGCGUUUGAAUACCCAGGCAAGGACCCAAGGUUCAACAAAAUUUUCAAUACUGCAAUGAUGAAUCAAACCACUAUUGUCAUGAAGAAGAUCCUGGAGGCCUACAAGGGCUUUGAACACCUCAGCCAAUUGGUUGAUGUUGGUGGUGGUCUUGGAGUUACCCUUCGCAUCAUCACUUCCAAAUACCCUUCCAUUAAGGGGAUCAAUUUCGACCAGCCCCAUGUUAUACGACAUGCCCCGGCCUACCCUGCAGGCGUUGAACAUGUUGGGGGAGAUAUGUUUAAAAGUGUUCCUAAAGGAGAUACCGUUUUUAUGAAGUGGAUACUUCAUGACUGGAGCGAUGAUCAUUGUUUGAAGCUAUUAAAGAACUGUUACAAAGCCAUUCCGGAUGAUGGAAAAGUAAUUGUGAUUGAUUCUGUCCUUCCAGUAUUACCCGAGAGUAAUGCGGCUUCGAAAGCCAAUUCAGAACUAGAUGUGGUUAUGAUGACUCAGAAUCCGGGAGGGAAGGAACGGACAAAGCCAGAAUUGGAAGCCUUGGCAACUAUGGCUGGAUUUAGUGGCAUCAGAUAUGAGUGUUUCGUUUGUAACUGUUGGGUCAUGGAGUUCUUCAAGUAGUAGGACUCUUACACAUAUCAUUGGCAAAAUUAGCAUAUCUUUAAAUUGCAAAUGCUGACUUUCAAGCUUUGCCUAGUCUUGCAAAAGGAAUAAAAUAAAUAAAUAAAUAAAAGAACAGGAGAGUAGCAGGGCAUGCUUGCACUCUAUAUGUAAGUUCCCUGAUUUUUGGUGCAUUGGAG